CAACACAUUGAUAUUGAAGAUUUAUGGCUAAUUUUUUUGUUGGAUAUGACUAUCCGAUGUGUAUAACAAUCCCAUAUUGCGAGGCAUGCUGAGUAACUAUCGCAGCGGGGCAUGCUGAGUAACUAUCGCAGCGGGGCAUGCUGUCUGAGUAGGGUCCCCCUUUGUGCAAAGAAAGGAGACGAUAUGGGGAGACAAGACUUCUCACUCAACCGGGGAUAGUGAACAACUAGUGCUAAAAAAGAGGAAAGCAAACUCGCGCUGAGGAAUUCCGCGAACAUUUCUGCGGUUUGGUUCCAGUGCCGGGCAAGAACGGUAAUAUCAUAGACGAGCAAACAACUACAACUCCUUCCACCACUGACGAUGCGUCGGCUUCUCCAGGAGCAACAUCAGCAGAAGAUGUAGCAGGAGGUGCCUCUGGCGGCGAGCCCUCCUACGUGACUUCACUCGUUGAAACUCGUACUCCUUCUAGCGCAGGAGCAGCAGCAACCCCCCCUGCCGACAACGCUUCUGGCAUGUCUCCAGGGCCCAAAGCACUGC